UAUACUCCUAUUUAUAUGCAUAACAGACUAUGCAAUAUUUUGUGAGGGAUACUUGAUACUGUUAAACACAGUGAAGAUGGAGCAAUAUUAACAUUCAUUUAUAAAUAAUAUACCCAGUAACACUGCUGAAAAAUAAAAAUCAUUUGCAACUCAUGUACAUUCAAAUGAAUGAUUUUUAGUUUCAGUGUCUUGGCGUGGCCCCAAUUAGUCCUCCUUUGUGAGUAGUUGGUCAGGCUUUUAUCCAAUCAUUUAGGCACUUAAUUUCAAUUCAAUUAUCAAUUCCAUUUUAACAACACAUCUGCCCCUCAGGGCCAGUGUUGAAUGGAUCGGUAUGUGACCAAGUUCAGUGGUCGAUAGCGAAUGAAAAAAAAAAAACAAAAAGUACGUUGUUUGGUUCAAGCCGAGAGCUCGCCGAGCAUCAGCCCCUCACUCGCUCUCCUUUCAUCCGCCAGGCUCCGACUCAGGCAGCCCCGAGAGAAGCGACAAGGAGGCAAGAGGAAAUCCAGCAUCGGUGAUGGCUCGUACUAACCAGGGGCCAAGCCUGCUGCUACUGGGGCUCGCGUGGCUCCUUUUGGCCGUCCUUACGAAAAAUGUCCUGUGUCUGAACGGGGACGAGGACAAGAACCACGACAGCGACUGCAAGACGAAGAGCGUCACUGUAUCCGCGCUGCCUUUUCUGAGGGAAAACGACCUGAGCAUCAUGCACAGCCCGUCGGCCUCCGAACCGAAGCUUCUGUUUUCAGUUCGAAACGACUUUCCCGGAGACGUGGUCGUCGUGGACGACUUGGAAAACACCGAGCUCCCGUUUUUCGUCUUAGGGAGCCAGAACAAAGUUUGCAUGGCGAAAGUUUGCUGUGUGCUGUCCAUGGUACUGAUGCAGUAUGAAUUCACGUCAUUUAUAUCAGCUACUCUUUCGAAUCGAUCGUCAGUCACAAACUUGAUCUUCUUGUCCAUAUUGUUUUCUUUUGGUGCAAUACAAUCCGUGUUGACAACAACAGUGCUACAGUACUUUGAUGACAAAACUACACUAGAUAACAACAACUUUAAUAAAGAGAAAAAGAGUAAUGGUGUCAGAAGGUUAUUCAUUUGAACAUUUAGUAAAUAUUAUAGCUAUAGUGCCAUAUGCAACUAUGCUGUUCUGCAUCAUUGUAAACUAAAACUGCAGUAAUAAGCACAUCGUCAAAUAAUUGACUUUUUGAGAUUGACAACUUCAAAUUGGGCAUUAUGUUUUUAAAUGUACCGUUUUCAACACCUCUUGUAUUGAACAUCAUUAGAUUGAGAAAGUGCUCAAGGAACAAAAACAAAAGUGUCUCAAAUUUGUACAUUUUACAAGACUACAAUGCACAUUGUGUUGCCCAUCCCACAAAUGUACAGUAUGUUUCUUACAAAAGGCUUGUUAUUGGCAAGAAACAAUGAACAACAAAAAAUGUGUUCAUCCAAUGCUUGUUUUUGA